AUGCUUUUCUGCGUGCCACUCUCCACGCCUGACAUUUCGCCAUCCUCCGGCACGCUAAAGCGCAGUCUGCGACAACGGGCUCCUAGCUUGUUCGACGAACUCGCUGCGCCUCAUGAUGUUCUGCCAGUGUCAUCAUCACUCCGACGUGUUGUUGGGGCGGGACAGCCUCAUCCGGAGCUGAGGCGCAUGGCUUGGCUGAUGUUCCUUUUCGUGGUGCUGGACACCUCCAAAGGCUUGCUGGUAUCCUGGUCUGCAGCACACAGCUGCGUUGCACUCGUACCAAUAGCACUUUGUGCAAAGAAUCUGCUGUCCAUUGGUUUCGGCCUGGUGAUGGCUGCGUUGCUGGACGGCAUGCCUGGGGUGAGUCGGUGCUUGGACAUUCGCCGCUCCCUCCGCGUCUUCCCUGUAGCUGCAUGCUUCUGCGCUGCACAGAUGGCCAUGCUAGCGGCCUUCCGAGCCUUCAAUGCUGGCAGUUUGAAGAUUAUGGCGCAGGUGAGAUUGCUGUACUACAGGCACCAAGUUCUGAUUUCGGCUGAUGAUGUCGUGGGCUUCAGAGCAGAAUGCCGUUCAAAUGGGUUUCUCAAGCUGGAUGCCUCUGAAAGGGCACCGUUUUACAUCCAGAAGACAAACAUCAUGCUGGGGGAGGUUGUGACCUCCUUCAUGUUGACCGCUCUCUACUUGCAGGGGUUGGCCUCCGAAGGAGGAGCUACUUCAUGCGGCUGGGAGCAGGUGUCUGACAGGCGAAAUUUGCUGGUGGUGCUGGUGUGGGCAGUUCACGGCUGGAUGGCCGGAAUCAUUGUGAAGCAAUGCUCUGCAGUGGUGAAGAACUUGUCCCACAUCCUGUCUGCAGCUGUCAUGUAUUUCUUCCCCUUGGCUUUCAUCGCUGCUCCAGUGAACAACGGACCUGUGUCCGCCUGUGCACUUUUGGUGCUGAUCGCAAUCAUGGUUUGGGCUCUUGCCCCAACUGUCAGAGAAAAGCGGCCGCUGCCACAGAUGCACCAUGGUGUGCACUUUGAGCAGCCCAACAACCAGCUGUCAACGCCGCUGCUGAAAAAGGUGGCCUCCUCAAGUGCUUCAGUAGCCACAGAGCCCGUUGCUGACGAUGAAGGCUCAGUCACACUACACGUGUUGGGUUUCAUAUUUUUGGAUGCAGCCAAGCCGAUCAUUGUCAGCUGGGCUCACAGCAACAAGGUGGCUGAUCAGGGUUUCAACGGGGUCACGCUCAUUUUGGUGCAGACUUCAAUCUCCACAGCUAUAGGGCUCCUGGUUGCUGCCAAGCCUUCAUUGUCGCUUCCCAGCUUGCGGGUGCAGCUUCACCCGGGGUAUCGGGAACGAGUGUACCGCUGCCUCGAGCCAACAGCUGUCGGAAGGCAGCUUCCUGUGAGCUUCUGCCUCGUGAUGUCAAAGCUCUGCCUCAUCAUGGCCCUCGAGAAACUGGAUGCUGGAUCUGUGCGGGUGCUCUGCCAGUCCAGCCUUCCACUGGUGGGUGUGGCUGGAGCAGUACUCUAUGGAAGGCGGUACUCUGCCAUGCAGUGGUGCUCCCUCGCCGGAGUCACUGUUGCCUUAGGAUGUUUCUACUAUGUCAAGCAUGAGGUGAAGCUCUCAAGCUGUAUGUAUGAUCAGGAUGGAGGGCACGCCUCGAGCUGUGCCUCCACGUCUGGCACCGUCUUAGCGCUGUCAAGCAUAAGCUUCAAUUGUCUUGGGGCCCUGCUGGCAGAAAAGUUUCUUAAGAAGAGGAGUGGCCACCUCUACGAGCAGAAAGUGCAACUGGUCUCUGGGGAGGUUCUUUUUAACAUUUUCCUCCUGUUCAUCAUGCCUUUCCUUUUUAGCGAUCCAGCAAAGCGCUCGUUCAACAACGUGUUCGAGCGCGGCUUUUUCGCCGGCUGGGACAUAAGGGUGCUGAUUUGCGCUCUGGUGUGGAUUCCAUCUGGUUGGACGGCGACAAUGCUCGUCAAAGUCGUACCCUUAUUGACCUUGAAUGUUUGCAGUUCAACAGAUUGGCUUGGCAGCAUGUGUUUUGUGAUGUUUCAUGUUUCUUCACAUUUGCCAACUCAAGCCGCGGUCGAAAGUGUAAGUGUAAAUGAGUGUUUUGCAUGGGCCUCAAACUCGCCUGGAAGGAAGCCUCCAACGUGCUGA